AUGCCACCAAAGAAGAAAGGAGCUCAAGAAAAACCAAUUCUUUUGGGAAGACCAGGAAAUAAUUUGAAGUCGGGUAUUGUUGGUUUGGCCAAUGUUGGUAAAUCAACUUUUUUCCAAGCAAUUACCAGAUGUCCUUUGGGUAACCCAGCCAAUUAUCCAUUCGCAACUAUCGAACCAGAAGAAGCAAGAGUUAUUGUUCCAAGUGAAAGAUUUGAUAAGUUAUGUGAAUUGUACAAACCAAAGAGCGAGGUUCCAGCUUUUUUGACUGUGUAUGAUAUCGCAGGUUUGACUAAAGGUGCACACUCUGGUGAAGGUUUGGGUAACAAUUUCUUGGCCAACAUCAGAGCAGUGGACUCGAUCUUCCAAAUGACCAGAGCUUUUGACGAUGCCGAAAUUAUUCACAUCAACGAUGAAGUUAACCCAGUGGCCGAUUUGGACAUUGUUAAGGAUGAGUUGAGAUUGAAAGAUAUUGAAUUUGCAACCAAAUACUUGGAAGGUAUUGAAAAGAUUACAAAAAGAGGUGGUCAGUCUUUGGAAGUGAAGCAAAAGAAGGAGGAAGCCGAGUUGGUAAAGAGAAUUAUUAAAUUGUUGGAAGAGGGUAAAAGAGUCGCUAACCAGACUUGGACAGCAAAGGAGGUUGACGCUAUCAACCAAAUGCUUUUGUUAACAGCAAAGCCAGUCAUUUACUUGAUUAACUUGUCUGAAAAGGACUAUAUCAGAAAGAAGAACAAGCAUCUUUUGAAAAUCAAGGAGUGGGUUGAUGAAAACUCACCAAAUGACUUGAUUGUCCCUGUUUCCGUUAGUUUCGAAGAAAAAUUGGCAGGAAUGGCUUCAGAUGAAGAGAGAGAAGCUUACUGUAAAGAGGUUGGCGCACAAUCAGCAUUACCAAAGAUCAUUGUUGCCAUGAGAAAAGAGUUGGACUUGAUCUCGUUCUUCACUGGUGGUCCAGAUGAAGUGAGAGAAUGGACCAUUAGAAAAUGGUACACAGCUCCACAAGCCGCAGGAACUAUCCACACUGAUUUGGAGAGAACAUUUAUCCUUGCACAAGUUAUGAAGUACGAAGACUUGGUUGAGUUGGGCGAUGAAGCAAGCGUGAAGGCUGCUGGUAAAUUGCAAAUGAAAGGUAAAGAUUACUUUGUCGAGGAUGGUGAUAUUAUAUAUGUAAAGGCUGCCGAAGGUAAAGCCCGUUAA